AUGAAACUUGAGAUAUCUUUCUUAGUUUUGUUCAUAACAUCCGCGUUAUCAAACCCAAUUUUUGUUAGACAAGAACAUAAACGAAAUUUGGAUUUACAGACAAAUAUUUUUGAACAUUUUCUUCCAUUACCUAAAACUAAUACACCCGUAUCAAGAUAUUAUGAUCUUGUUGUGUCUCGAACAGAAUUAGCCCCAGAUGGAUGUCUAACAGAAGCAUUUACCGUGAAUAAUCAAUAUCCUGCUCCUAUAAUUCAUGUAAACAAAGGCGAUAGAAUUAUUGCCAAAGUGACGAAUCAUCUUGGUCCAAAUGAACCAACAGCAAUGCAUUGGCAUGGCAUGUUUCAAAGAGGAACAAACUGGUACGACGGGGUACCAGGAAUGGUAAUUGAAAAUUCAACACAAUGUCCCAUUCCUAAUGACGUGUCAUUUGUAUACGAUUUUUCAACUGGUAAACAAUCCGGCACCUUUUGGUACCAUGCACAUAUACGGGGACAAUAUGCGGAAGGCAUUCGAGGUCCAUUAAUCAUUCACGAUCCUGAUGAUCCUUACCGUGAUAACUACGAUUAUGAAUAUGCCGUGACACUUUCGGAUUGGUACCAUGAUAGAAUUGCAGAAUUGAUAGAGAAAAGAAUGGCACCAUCUUAUGGUGUUGGUCGUUAUGACUGUUCUGCCGCUCCAGCGGGAAGCAAAUGCCAAAAAGACAAUCCAUUGGCGGUGUACAAAUUUAAAUCCGGUAAAAGAUAUAGGCUUCGUUUAAUCAAUACAAGCGCAAUGGCUCACUUCAUUUUCUCGAUCGAUUCCCAUCCGCUCAUGAUUAUCGAGGCAGAUGGAUCAUACACAAUUCCAUACACGGUCAACAGAUUGCCUAUUGCUAUUGGCCAACGAUAUUCUGUUAUCGUUAAAGCCGAUCAAAAAAUCGAUAAUUAUUGGAUUCGAGCAUCGAUUGAUAGUAGAUGUAUACUGAAUACUACUGAAACGCUCAAUUCCAAUUCUGCCAUAAAUUAUAACGUUACAGGAAUUUUAAGAUAUAUCGGAGCAGAGAAAAUUGAACCAACGACCACCGCUUUUACUGAAGAACUUCCAGUUUGUCUUGGUGUUCCCCAAAAUAAUUUGAAAUUAUUAAAGCCUGAACCAGUUCCUGGACCUGUUACGGAUCACAUUUUGUUUAACGUCACGUUUGGCACAGAUCAAUUUAAUAUUUCACGUGCCUUUAUUAAUAAUUCUUCGUUCGUUGGGGACAUUAAUGAUCCGACAAUAAAGAAAUUGGCGACGCAUGAGAUAAAUUCGGUAGCUGAAAUCCCUCUUAAGGCAAAUGCUUAUCCUUUAGAAAACCCAGAUGGAGUCGUUGAUAUUACAAUUUUAAAUUCAAAUGGUGGGAUUCAUCCGUUCCAUUUACACGGACAUAUAUUUUAUGUGCUUGGUACUGGACCAGGAUUGGUAGUCGACGAAUCUCUAUUGAAUUUAGUGGAUCCAUUUCCUCGUGACGUAUUCUCAGUGAAUGCAACCAGUUGGGCUAGAUUUCGUUUCAAAACUAAUAAUCCCGGUGUCUGGUCUUUCCAUUGUCACAUCGAGUUUCACGUUGAAAUGGGAAUGAUCGCGCAAUUGGUAGAGUUACCAAAUGAAUUAUCAAAAGUACAAUUACCGGAACCCGUUCUUGACCUGUGUGAAAAAUAUUCAUCAUCAAACAAGCCCGAUUCCAAAAAAAGAAGCAAUAAUAGAUUAAAGGUUGACAUGAAAGUACUUAAAGUGUAA